AUGAACCUUGACAAGACUAAUCAAGUUGUUGAGGCUUCAGCUUCUUUUUGCAAGGAAAUGACCAAAAAAUUCGAUAAACUAAUCAAUGAUGCUCGAUAUUUCAUGAGGACCUUUCAUAACUCCUUUGAAACAAAUACUGCGAACGCAAAUACAUUAAUUUCCAGUCUUGGAUCAGCUCUUCACACAGAGAAAGAUAAACUUGAGGAAGUUGGCACUGGCAUCCAAUUCGACAACUCUGAGCUCAACUCCUCCAUCUCUUCCAAAAUAGACAAGCUUCAUGAAGAUUUGGAAAUGGAGAACAAGAUAAUGGAUCAGAUGAUAGUCAAGACAGAAAACGUGAAGGUUCUAACUGUCAAAAUGGAACAAGCUGAGAAGCAGAUUAACACACUCUUAUUCGAAAAGGUGGUGAUGAAGAGUUGUGUUGCAGAUGUGAACGCCUUACUAUCAGACAUAAUUGAGAAUCGUGAUUCUUUAAUCACGAUCACUAUAAAAAGCAUCUAG